AUGAAACCAGCCCAACCAUUAGUUUUCCAGAGAAAACCUUUUAUUGCUGCCUGGAAUGCACCCACAGAUCAAUGCUCACUGAAAUAUAACAUAACUCUGAACCUGAAAAUGUUCCAUGUGAUUGGAAGCCCACUGGCCAGAGCAAGAGGGCAGAAUGUGACUAUAUUUUAUGUGAAUAGACUGGGAUACUACCCAUGGUACACAUCGCAGGAAAUCCCUGUAAAUGGUGGCCUACCUCAAAACUUCAGCUUGCAAACUCAUCUGGAAAAAGCUGGUCAAGACAUUCAAUAUUACAUUCCUGCUGAGGACUUUAAAGGAUUAGCCGUCAUAGACUGGGAAUACUGGAGGCCUCAGUCACGCAACUGGAACAAAGACAUUUACAGGCGAAAGUCACGGAAGCUCAUUUCUGAAAUGCAAGGCAACAUUUCAGCAAUGACAUUGAAAUUUGGCCAACUCUCCUUUGAAGAAAGUGCAAAGGCUUUCAUGAAGGAGACAAUUGAGCUAGGGAUUAAAAGCAGACCCUGGCCUCUGGGGAUCUAUUUAUACCCCGAUUGCCACAUUAAUUUCCAUGACCAGGACUACACUGGUUCCAUGCCAAGAGAGUGAGUUUGAGGAACAACUGAACUUUCCUGGCUCUGUGAUAGCAGUGCAGCUCUGUAUCCUUAUGGCAUCAAGAAAACCCUUGGAAACAGUGAAAACAUACGUUUCUCACAAUUUAGGGUGACUGAGUCCAUGAGGAUCUCCUCCAUGACAUCUCAUGAUUAUGCUCUGCCUGUGUUUGUCUAUACUAGACUAAGUUACCGAGAUGAUCCUUUAUUAUUUCUUUCUAAGCAAGAUCUUAUUAGCACUAUUGGAGAGAGUGCUGCCUUGGGAGCUUCAGGAAUUGUUAUUUGGGGAGAUAUGAAUUUAACAUCAUCAGAGGGCAACUGCACAAAGGUGAAACAAUUUGUUGCUACUGAAUUAGGGGUCUACAUCAUCAAUGUGACCAAAGCAGCAGAGGUGUGCAGCAAGCAUCUUUGUCAGAAUAACGGGAGAUGUAUACGAAGAAAAUGGAAAGCCCUGGAUUACCUUCAUUUAAAUCCUAAAAACUUCAAAAUAGAGGCUUUAGAGGACCAAGAAUUUACAGUGAGAGGAGAAGCAUCAAUUACUGACCUGGAAGUAAUGUCACAGAAUUUCAUUUGUCACUGUUAUCAGGGCUAUGAAGGAGCUGAUUGCUGGAAAAUUCAGACUUCAGAUAAGCAACCUGGAAAUUCUGCAGAUUUCCUAUUACCCAGAACAUUAGUAAUGAUAAGUCUGCUUUCUUUGCCUUUCUAUUUUCUGAGUGUUAACUUGUGA